AUCGUGCAACUACGUCCCAUUUUGUCAAUUUCUAGCACCCAUCAGCUACCAGAACGGAUGUCGUCAUAAAUGCACCUCUAAAAAAACCUAUGCGUAUCCUUCCUUUACGUUUCCCUUACCAACCUCUAAAACGCUCGCACUUUGAUAUCGGUACCUCGUCUCUCGGCAAAUGUUAUGUGCACAUUUCUCUUUCUCCCUUCAAAAUCAAAACCGCCAGCGACUCCAUUUCCGGUAUGUUGUCUAUCUUCAACCUUCAUACAUAUAUUACUGUAUGCAUAUCCAUUAUCCGCGGGUACCACUUCUCAACCACCCCUCUUCUAUUCCAAAUUCUUAAAUAGUUACACCAACAAAAUUAUUAUAAAUGUAGUAAAUUCAUGUUGCGCCAACUUUCAAAUGAGACCCAGUUUUACCACUUCCCAUGCAACCACCCUCUCUAUCAUGAACUACACAUUUAACAAUGAUAUUUGCAUACAUCUACACAAUUGUCAUUCAUGUGAAGUUCUUGGCCGUCGCUUUUUGGAGCUAUUUGAUGUCCAAACUUCUGGAAGUCACGUCACUGAAAAAUAGGAGUCGGUCGUUAGAAAACCAGCUUAGUUCUUGCUCGAGUUAUAAUGAAUUCAAAAGAAUAGCCUACUUGAUUGAUGAAGAAACAGGAAUGAAUGAAUGGAAGAAAAAUCCUCAGUCAAAUCUAUAUGACUAUGUUGGCAUCAGGAAAAGACUAAUUUCUUUAUCAGCAUUGAUGAUUUCCCCAGACGACGUAUAUGAACUGAAAAGACAACUUCGCGCUUGCUUGGUCCGAAAUAUCAGUGGAAUUGGCGAUCCAAGACUACACACAGCCUGUCGAAUAGGUACCAAAUUGUUGAUAGAAAACUAUGUAGAUUUCGUUAACAGAGCUCUUAGGUAUAUUUGUGAUGGUAAUUUUGGACUUCCUCUUCGAGAACAAUUCGAAUAUUUUUAUGAAACAAAAAGAGCGUACGGAAGGUCAGCAUUAUGCCUCUCCGGAGGUGCAACUCUGGGCAUGUAUCAUCUUGGAGUUCUUAAAGUUUUGUAUGUAAAUAAAUUGCUGCCAAAAGUAAUAUCAGGAUCUAGCGUGGGGGCCAUCAUUGCCUCAUUUUUUGCUACUAAAAGAGAUGACGAACUUGAAGACGUAUUUAAUCGAGGCAUUAGUCUAAGGGCCUUUGAUACGAAAGGAUCAGCUCGCCGAAAACUCUAUCGCCUGCUGACAGAGGGUGCGCUUAUGGAUAUUCGGAAAUUAGAGAAGAUGAUUAGAGACAACGUCAGGGAUUUGACAUUUAAAGAAGCUUAUGAAAAGACUAAAAGGAUUUUGAAUAUUACAGUUGCUUCGGCGACGCCCUAUGAAACAUCUCGAUUGCUUAACUAUCUCACUGCGCCCAAUAUUCUGAUUUGGAGUGCAGCAGCAGCCAGUUGUGCACUUACUUUUUUGUAUAAACCAGUUGAAUUAAUGGCCAAAGACCGAGAAGGGAACAUCGUCAGUUUCACAUCCAGUGACUUGCUGUGGGCAGAUGGAAGCAUGACGACAGAUUUGCCUAUGGUUCGUUUGUCAGAACUGUUUAACGUAAACAAUUUUAUAGUUUCUCAGGUUAAUCCGCAUGUUGUACCGUUUAUAUGGACGAGUAACUUGGGCCUCCUAGGAAAUCUAAUAAGAGACGAAAUUCAACUAAGGUUAAAACAGGUGGUAUCUUGUCUUCAACUGAGCUCUGUCACAUUUUUCAAACAGCUGGCUUCUGUUUUGAACCAAAAGUACACAGGAAAUGUUACUAUUGUUCCAGACCUCUCGUGGAGGGAUUUUGCUCGACUAUUGAAAAAUCCAGAGUCAGCAUGGAUGAUGCAAUGCUGCAGAAAAUCUGAACGAAAAACUUGGGAACAGCUGAGCUACAUUAAACAUCUUUGUUCCAUUGAGUUGACUUUAGACUAUUGUACCAGGAAAUUGGCUCGAAGGCUAAGGAAUACUGGGAGUUCUUCUUAGCAAUCGCACCAAAUUCCUCGCAGUGGAGAUGUGAGCAGGAAUUGACGCGCGUAUUAUUGUUAGUAAUAAAAUGUCAUUCUGCAUUGUGUCAAAGGC